AUGCCCCACAAACCCCCAAUCGCCAUAAUCGGCGCCGGACCCAGCGGUCUAACACUCGCCCGCCUCCUCGAAACAGCCAAUAUCAACUACACAAUCUUCGAGCGAGACCCAUUGCCCGAACCAACAAGCCGCUUCCAAGGCGGCACCCUAGACCUCCACAAGGAAACAGGCCAAGCAGCACUCCGCCGCGCAGGCCUAAACGCCGAAUUCGAGAAACUAGCUCGCCGAAAUGCAAUGACAAUGACUAUCCAAGACGCAUACGGGAAUCAUCGCAGUGUCUUCAACGAGGCGCGCGAUGCACCCGAGAUUGAUCGCAUUCAGUUGAGGCGCAUGCUACUUGGUUCUAUUCCGGCGGAGCGUGUUCGAUGGGGGAUGGGAUUACUUUCGGUUGAAAAGCACGAGGAAUAUGAGAUCGAUCAGAGUGAACUUCAUGGUAAUCCGGGCUUAGUGCUUCAUUUUGCAGAUGGGACUGUUGAGCGUGAGUUUGGGCUUGUUGUUGGCGCUGAUGGGGCUUGGAGUCGGUUGCGCUCGUUGUUCACACCCGUCAAACCAAUCUACUCUGGCAAAACCUUCCUAGAAGGUCGUCUCUCGCUCACAAAUCCACAAUACAACGCCGCAGUUGAAAUGGUAGGCGCUGGUAAUUCCAUGGCUAUGGGUGCGAAGAGUACACUCUGCAUCCAGCAAACAGCUGAUGGUCCCUAUCGUGUUUAUAUGGGUCUUAUUGCACCGGAAGGUAUAACCAGGCCCGGUGGUAUUGCAGAUGUAACGGAUACCGAGAAGACACGUGCUGCGAUGCUCGCGCCUGCAGGGUUCUAUGGCGAUUGGGCUACGCAUUUGCGAGAUUUCAUUGCUGCGGCUGAGGGACCGUGGCGUGCUUGGCCUCUUUAUCGGCUUGAUCCGGAUGUUUUCUUGUCUGCUUCUGCUGUGGAGGACGCAACGCGGGAGGCUCAACCUGGAGGUCAAGAUCGUUGGAGACAUGUGCCUGGGGCUACGAUGUUGGGAGAUGCGGCACAUAUUUCUACGCCUAAUGGAGAGGGGGUUAAUCAGGCUAUGUUUGAUGCUGUGGUUUUGUUUGAGUGUAUUGUGGAUGAGGUUGGCGAUGGGAAGGUUGAUAUCAUGGCUCUUGAGCGGGCUGUUGUUAAGUAUGAAGCUGAGAUGAAGCCUCGCGCUCGUGAUUAUAUUCAGCGUUGCGUUGAGGAUGAAGGGUUGUUUUGGGGAGAGGGUGCAGCUUGUCGCUUGGUUGAGAUGCUCAAUGAGGCUAUGAAGCAUGUUGAGGAGGCUAAGUCGGCUUGA